AUGCGUAGGUGCGCGAGAGAGAAAACCCGUGCGCACUGCUUCGAUUGCAGCUGGCUCGAUCGAUCGACUCGAGGCAGCUACGAAUCCACCUCCACCACGAUACACGCACACGCAACCGUACGUGUUGUGCCACACCGCGCGAGGCUGCUGAAGCUGCAACCGUACGUCCGGCCUCGCGCGGGAGACGCCUUCCACCCCUUGGGCCACACCUCAUCGACGCACGCAACCGGCGACAGGCUGGCGACUCGUUCCAGCUCGCGGAGUGCUCCAAUCGACUUCCUCUUCGCCACGCACGGCGCGUCCACCUCCUCGCUCUGCUGGGCGGUCUCCGCGCUAGAGUCCCACCCGGACGUGCUCGCGCGCGUGCGCGCCGAGGUGGCGGCCGUCUGGUCGCCCGAGUCCGGCGAGCCCAUCACCGCCGAGAAGAUCCAGGGGAUGAGGUACACGCAGGCGGUGGCGCGCGAGGUGGUCCGGUACCGCCCGCCGGCGACGCUGGUGCCGCACAUCGCGGGCGAGCCGUUCCAGCUCACCGAGUGGUACACGGUGCCCAAGGGCGCCAUCGUCUUCCCGUCCGUCUACGAGUCCUCCUUCCAGGGCUUCCCGGCGCCCGACGCCUUCGACCCGGACCGCUUCUUCUCCGACGCGCGCAGGGAGGACGUGGCCUUCAAGCGCAACUUCCUCGCAUUCGGCGCCGGCGCGCACCAGUGCGUCGGCCAGCGCUACGCGCUCAACCACCUCGUGCUCUUCCUCGCGCUCUUCGUCUCCGUCGCUGACUUCAAGCGGGACACCACGGACGGCUGCGACGACCCCGUGUACAUGCCCACCAUCGUGCCCAGGGACGGCUGCUCCGUCUACCUCAACCAACGCUGCGCAAGCUUCCCCUCCUUCUGAGUCGUCUGAGCUGCUCGUCCUUGUCCUCCCAUUAUUCCGUCCUCCCUCCUUGUCUCUCUCUGCUUCUUUCCUUCAUCUGGUCGUGUCGACUGAUGAUCUGUAGUAGCUAGGACCCGGUGUUUCUUGUGUUAGUUCAUUCCAUUGGACCAUUCAUCAAAUUAUUUCAUUUGUCA